CCAAAAAAAAAAAAAAAAUCUCUUACCGUUCACCACCACUUCCAAUGGCGUCUUCACCAAUCAUCGACGAGCUUACUUCCGCCGCCAAAACCCUAAUUCAUCAACAUCCCUCCGACGACGCUCCCGUCGACCCAAUUUCAACUCCCAAUCCAAAUCCCACUGAUUACAUUCCACUGAAUUCAUCAUCAAUCGACGAAACCCUAAAAUCCCAGAUUCCGUCCGAUAUCACUCCCUCUCCCGUCGACUCAAUCCCAUCUUCCGAUGACGUCGAGGCCGUCGGGGAGAAACGGAAGCGCGCCGCCGACGAGAAGACCAAUCCCAAAUCGUCGGACCCUAAUCUUACUCCUUCACCGUGGUUUAAGACGAGUCUCUGCUCCUAUUUCAGGCGACAGGGCUCCUGCAGCCAUGGAAACGCUUGCAGGUACGCUCACGGCGAGGAGGAGCUCCGGCAGAAACCAGACAAUACCUGGGACCCGACCUCCGAGCGCGGCAAGAAGGCGAAGAUGUCGGAGAAUGUUGGGAAAUCCGGGGAGGAAGAGGAGGAAGACGGCGAUGUUUUGUUCACUGAGGAGAUGAUGGACGAAAACGACGGUGAAGGUUGUGGAGAUGGUGUUGUUCAUGAUCUUUCGCUAAGUAAAUGCUUGGUGCAUUUGCCCAUUAAAUGGCAAUCAGAUGAUUUGAAGAAGUUUGUUCGAGAGCAGGGAGUUGAGUUUAAGUUUGCGAAGAAGAGACGAGGAAUGGUUGUUGGUUUUCUGACAUUUGAGAAUGCAGAACAAUUGCAGAGAGGCUUGGAGGUUUUGGAUGGAAAAGCUGUUAAUAACAAGAAUUUGAAGAUCGCUGAUGUGCUUCCCCGUACAAUCGACAAGAACAACGGAACAAAAAAUCCGGCUAAAAUUAAAAGUGCCCGUGAAGCCGUGACUCCCUUGGCAGACCUGUCUUAUGCGGACCAGCUUGAACAGAAGAAGGCUUCUAUCAUGCAAAUGCUGAAAAAACUUACGAGGAAUGCCCGUAAAGCUUGUCCAAAUGGAAAAUCACUUCCAGAAUGGGUCCUUCAGUCUCGAGAAAUAGGAGGUCUUUCAUGUAAGCUCGAGGGCAUUAUAGAAUCACCGGUUACCAAUGGUUACAGGAACAAGUGUGAGUUCUCGACUGGAUAUUCCGUUGAAGGAAAGCUAACUGUUGGAUUCAUGCUCGGAAAUUUUAGUGCUGGUGUGACAGCAGUCGAAGAAGCCGUGGAUUGUCCCAAUAUCUCUAAAAUUGCUUGCCGAUAUGCUUCAAUCUUCCAGAGUUUCUUAGAAAAAUCUAGGCUCCCAGUUUGGAAUAGGUUUAAAAGUUGUGGGUUCUGGCGACAGUUGACGGUUCGAGAAGGCAGAAAACCUGGCGUGUUUUCGAAUGAUGAAGAUGCCAAUACAAGAAUUGCGGAGGUUAUGCUUAUGGUUCAGGUUUGUACUACGGGUACUGAUGAGGCAGAAGUGGCAACUGAGUUUGAAGAAAUGGCAAAAGCAUUUGCUGAAGGAGCUAGAGCGAGCUCUCCACCACUUCCUCUGACUGUAUUAGUUGUUCAAGAUCACGUAGGAAUUUCAAAUGUUGCACCACCAGAUUGUCCACUGCGAUUGCUCCCUAUUCCAAUGUCAGAUAAUGGAACAAAUCAGGGCCAAUCCACCAAUGUCUUGACCGAAGCUCGGAUUCACGAUCAUAUCAACAACCUUCGGUUCAGCAUAUCCCCAACAGCAUUCUUUCAGGUUAAUACCAGCGCCGCAGAGAAGUUAUACUCUCUAGCUGGAGAUUGGGCUGACCUUGGUCCUGACACAUUACUCUUCGAUGUGUGCUGUGGAACUGGAACAAUCGGUCUUACACUGGCACAUCGUGUUGGUAUGGUAAUUGGCAUAGAAAUGAAUGCCUCGGCUGUAUCAGAUGCCGAACGGAAUGCAAAAAUCAAUGGAAUAAGCAACUGCAAGUUCAUCUGCUCCAAGGCAGAGGAUGUGAUGAGCUCUCUACUUACAGAGUACCUAGACGAGUCUGAAAUGGAAGAAGCCAAACCUGAAAGUAAUGCCAAAGAUGGUGUCGACAAACAGAUUUCCUCAACAGAAGAGAUGUCAAACUCAGAGCAUGUACUUCCUCCAAACAUUCAUGAAGAAGUUCAAAACAUUGAGCAGAAGGAUUCCUCUUCAGAACCGGAAAGAUCUACAAAACCACGGUUCAAAAACGUAGUUGCCAUAGUCGAUCCACCUCGUCCUGGACUUCAUCCGGAUGUAAUCAAAGCACUGAGAACUCAUCCACGGUUAAAGACGCUUGUGUACAUUUCGUGCAACCCUGAAACGCUAGUGGCAAACGCGAUAGAGCUUUGCACGCCGUCUUUCGAGAAAGUGAAUCAAGAGAACAAAGGUCACCAAAGACGGAGAGGAAUGGGCACUGCUGCUUUAGCUAGACACAGAGCCAAGAAAAUGCCUGCCUCUGAGCCUUUUAGACCUGUCAAAGCCAUGGCCGUCGACCUUUUUCCUCACACUGACCACUGCGAAAUGGUAAUGCUCCUUCAAAGGUAAUAAUAAUAAUAAUCAAGAAUGAUACACUCUUUUUAAAGAGAUGAUGAACACAACAACUAUAUUUUCUGUUUUGCAUAAAAACACAAUGUAAGGAUUAUAUAUGUUUUGCAUAAGUUUUUGUCAAUCCAAAAAAAAGAAAGUGAUUCAAAGGAAUUCUCCUUGU